AUCUUUAGUUGCGGCAUGAGACUCUUAGUUGUGGCAUGAGGGAUCUAGUUCCCUGACCAGGUGUCUGGUUUAGGGCAAGUGAGUGUGGACUGUCUAUUGGACAUCCAGUGGACAUGACCUUUAGGUAAUUGGGUAUAUGGAUGUGCAGCUCAGAGGAGGGGUCUGGGCCCGGGGUUUUAUUGAUGUUGAAACUGUUGAGGAGGGAGAAGAGGUUAUCAAGAAAGAGCUGCUUGUCCUGUCAGUGUUUUUCUUUAAUUCCUAACCACAUGUUGGUUUAUUGUAAUCCCUUCUCACAGGAUUUUUUUUCUUGGUGAGGGCAGACAUUAAAUAACUAGUGUAAGAUUUCAUUUUGGUUGUGGUACAGGUUGUGAGGAAUGGGUCUUACAGACCAUGGAAGGGAGGGCCUGGCCUGUUGUGGGCCCCAGGGGAAGACACCCUGAGGAAGGGGAUAUUUGAACUGGGCUUUCAGGGGUAAGAAGGAAAUAGCUAGAUAAAGAGAGCGACAGGGAGGGGAUUUCAAGUAAGUUUCAAGUUGACUACUAAGGUCCUGAGGGCAGGAAGGAGUAUCAUGUUUUUGAGGACCUGCGGGAAAGGUGCAAGAGAGGUGGGCGGGGCCCUGUGAGCGGCAGUGAGAUUUGGUCUCUUAUAAAGAGACAGCGGUAAACCAUAACUCAGGGAGAGGGUCAGUUGUUUUAUCAGAAGUGCGUUGAUGUUGAUACCACGAAAGCAGCUGCAGAUGCACAGACAGUUUCUCUGUCUGAACAGCAGUCAUCGUACAGUGGCAGCCGCACUCACCCGCCGUGUGUUGCUGGCCCCAGGAGCCUUCUGGAGCCUCGCAUCCACUGCAGGGAGUAGAUUACAUGAGACAAAGUUCUAAGCCAAAAUCAGGACCUUUGAUAUUUAGGAAAACUAUGUUUAACUCUACUGAGAUCAAGUUUUCUGUUAAGUCAUUCAGGUGCUCUGGGCCUGUGAAGUUUACCAUAGUGUGGCUUUUGGAACAUCAUACCUGUCACAAUGAAUAUUCUAAGCUGGAAGAGCUGUCACAAAAACAUGAACUUAGUGUCAGUGAAGACUUUUGUGGUCAUUAUUUCAAGAACAGUGAAUGUUGGACAACAAAAAAAGAAAACUUAGAUUGCAACAGUGAUUUACAGAAUAAAGAACUAAUAACAAAUACCGGAAAUGUUACAAACCAGGAAGGGUCAGCGGAUGUUGUAGCCAAAACACAGAGAGAUGGGUUUCAUAUCUUUAUUGUUUCUAUUAAAACAGAAAAAACAGAUGCAAGCUGGAAUUUGAAUGUCUCUCUCUCUAUGAUGGGGCCUCAUGGAUAUAUCUCUGCAUCAGAUUGGCCUCUGAUGAUUUUCUACAUGGUGAUGUGUAUCGUUUAUAUCUUAUAUGGCAUACUCUGGCUGAUGUGGUCUGCCUGCUAUUGGAAAGAUAUACUAAGAAUCCAGUUCUGGAUUGCAGCUGUUAUUUUCCUGGGAAUGCUUGAAAAAGCAGUUUUUUAUGCUGAAUACCAAAACAUCAACAGCACUGGGUUAUCAACCCAGGGUUUACUGAUCUUUGCGGAGUUGAUAUCUGCGAUUAAGAGGAUGCUGGCUCGCCUCCUGGUGAUCAUUGUGAGCUUGGGAUACGGCAUUGUGAAGCCUCGUCUAGGAACAGUCAUGCACCGGGUCAUCGGACUGGGGAUCCUUUACUUUGUCUUUGCGGCUACUGAAGGCGUGAUAAGAGUCAUUGGGGGUUCUAACCAUUUAGCUGUUGUGUUUGGUGACAUUAUUUUAGCCGUUAUUGACUCCAUUUUUGUAUGGUUCAUUUUUAUAAGUUUGGCACAAACUAUGAAGACUCUAAGGCUAAGAAAGAACACAGUGAAAUUUUCUUUGUACAGGCACUUUACAAAUACCCUGAUCUUUGCCAUACUGGCAUCUGUAGUGUUUAUGGUGUGGACAACGAAGACAUUUAGAAUUGCAAAAUGUCAAUCAGAUUGGAUGGAACGCUGGGUUGAUGAUGCGUUUUGGAGCUUCCUUUUUUCCCUUAUCCUUAUUGUAAUAAUGUUUUUGUGGAGACCAUCAGCAAAUAAUCAGAGAUAUGCCUUCAUGCCCUUAAUAGAUGAUUCUGAUGAUGAAAUUGAAGAAUUCAUGGUAACAUCUGAAAAUUUAACUGAAGGAAUAAAAUUAAGAAUCUCAAAAACGGUUUCCAAUGGAACAGCUAAACCUGCUACUUCUGAUAAUUUUGAUGAAGAUUUGAAGUGGGUGGAGGAAAACAUUCCCUCUUCAUUCACAGAUGUAGCCCUUCCAGUAUUAGUGGAUUCAGAUGAGGAAAUUAUGACCAGAUCUGAAAUGGCAGAAAAAAUGUUCUCUUCAGAAAAAAUAAUGUGAUUGGAACCCAGAUAAAUGAAGCUUACAUAACAGUGAAGGACUUCCUCAAGACUAAAAGAGAACUCUGUUUUGAUACAGUACAAUAAGUUUUUAUUGCAUGAUCUUGGAAAUCUAUGUACUAAAACUAAGAAUUCAGAUGGUGGGAGGGUUCUGCAACCCUUAUUAAGCUGACUCUUGAAUGCCAGUUUAAUGUCCAUUAAAUUGCCUAGACUUGGCAA